UUGUGCAUCCACCUCCAUCUACCUUUAGCGGAAAGAUGGCCAAACCCUUUGAAAAGAUCUUUGCCGAGGCAACCACAACACCCUCACCGCACGGAAGAGGAACCGUUUCCAUUUGUCGACGGGGAGGCAGUAAUAAUAAUACUGGAUCCAUCCUUGUCGUGGCCAUCAAUCGACCCAAAGCCAGGAAUGCUUUGAGUGAUGACACGUACGAAGAUCUGCUGGAGGUUCUGGAACGGGCCAAGAAUGAUCCCUCCAUUGCCGCAGUGGUUUGGACCGGAGCCGGAUCUUAUUUUUGCAGCGGAGCCGAUGUCAAGAAUAAAAAAUUCGACUUGGCCAGUUUCCAAGAGGGAGAUCCCGUCCUUUUGCAGCCCAAUGGUCGCUUCAUGAUGGCCAUGGUAUCUUUUCCCAAGCUAAUCUGUGCCGCUGUCCAAGGACCCACCGUGGGAAUUGCCGCAUCGGCGCUGCUGCAAUGUGAUUUGGUCUACUUUUCACAAAAGGCGUUCUUUUGGGCUCCCUUUGCCAGAUUGUCGUUGGUUCCAGAGCUGACAGCGUCCGCCACCCUCAUUGAGACCAUGGGCUUGUCCAAAGCCAACGAAAUCUUGCUAUUGGGGAAACGAGUGGAUGCCAAGACGGCAUUGGAUUGGGGAAUUUGCUCACAAGUCAUUACCGACUGUGAUCUAUCAUCGGGUGAUCCAUUCCAUCCCAAUAGUCUGGCCAGUCGCAUGUGCCAAGACAUUGACAAGAGACUCCUGUCAUUGACCAAUGGACCGGCCACGGCACAAGUAUUCUGCACCUUGGUCAAGGGAGCACGACGUUCUCGAAUGCACCAGGUCUUGCUACGAGAGCUUGCCGUUCUCGAUCAACGAUUUCGAAAUGGCGAAGUAUUGGAGGCAGCCAAGCAAUUGGUGAUUGGAGCCCAGAAAAAGAAGAAGAAAGAAGCCAGAGCACCUCGCAGUCGGUUGUAG